AUGAAAUUCGGAACAAGUGCUGCAGCUCUCGGGCUACUACUACCUGGUGUCACAGCCUGGGGAAGCUUGGGUCAUAUUACUGUCGCCUACAUCGCAAGCAAUUUUGUCAAGGAAGACACCGCAACCUAUUUCCAAGAUCUGCUGCGAAACGACACCGAACAUUAUCUGGCUGGCGUUGCCACAUGGGCCGACAGCAUCAGGUACACGAAAUGGGGCCGUUUCACGAGCAACUUUCACUUUAUUGACGCCAAAGACGACCCCCCGUCGUACUGCGGUGUUGACUUCGACAGAGACUGCAAGGAGGACGGGUGCGUGGUCAGCUCAAUCCAGAACUACACGACCCAGCUGCUGGACAGCGACCUGUACGCCUGGAGACGGGCGCAGGCCGCCAAGUUCGUCAUCCAUUUCGUCGGUGACAUUCAUCAACCGCUGCACACGGAAAAUGUCGCUCGGGGAGGGAACAGCAUUCAUGUCAAGUGGAAUAACGCCGAGUUGAACCUCCACCAUGUCUGGGAUUCCAGUAUUGCCGAGCAGAUGCUAGGGGGCAUCCGAAGGAAACCAUACGUCGCGGCCCACACGUGGGCCACGAAUCUCACGGCAGAGAUCAAGACCGGCAAGUACCAGGCAGAAAGCAAGCUGUGGGCGGACGACCUCGACCUUGAUGACGCCAUUGCCACUUCGAUGAAAUGGGCAAACGAGACGAAUGCUUAUGUCUGCACACACGUCUUCCCCGAAGGCCCUGUUGCAAUCGAAGGGCAACAGCUUGCGGGUGAUUAUGCUGCGAAGGCUGCACCGGUGAUCGAGAUCCAGGUUGCCCGAGCUGGAUAUCGGCUUGCUGCCUGGUUAGAUCUCAUUGCUGACAGGAUCCGUGAUCAAACUCAGACUGGUCGUACCGGCGAGCUUUAA